UGCGUGAAUAGUGUUUGUCGGGGUAAUUCGUCAUGCUCAAUAGGGGAGAUUCUUCUUCAGCAAAUUGAUUUGAUGUAGUCCUCCACUUUUAAUUUAAGAUUCCCGAAAUUAUAUUGAAAUACUUUUGCAAUUUGUCUUUACUAUUUACAUCUAUAUAAAAGGAACUGUAAUUAAUUUUAAUAACGAGUUUUCAUAGUAGUUGUAUACAUUUAUAAAUAAUAAAGGCAUGAUGGAAUAUCUAAGUACAAGUUGAAUGAAUAGAUUUUUUUAAGCCCGCGUAUUUAUUUCCUUACAUUUGUAUAUUUCCAAAAAAAGAAUUAGUAGCUGGUGUCAGUUGUAAAAUAUACAUUGUUUUUAAAAAUGUUUAAUUUAUUUGUUUUAGUUAGCUUAAAAUACGCUGUGUUAUUCCAAUUUUGAAAACUAUAUUUACAAAUUAUUUGGUUCAAAUGACUUCAAACUAGCAUUCUUCUUAAAUAAGGCAUAGCAGAAGUUUAUUUUCGCAUAUUUAAAUACAUUUUUCUGGUUUAACCUAUACCGCUCAUCUUAAAUUUCUUUAAGGGUAUUAUAAGUCUCUGGCAGACUGCACAAUGUUUCCUAAUUUGGGACGUCUUCAGGUGGAAAGUCUUUUCACGGUCACGGUCGCGGAUUAUGUAAGCGCUGAAAAGUGUUUUGUUCCAGUUGCCGGUGGAAAUGCUAAUCUCGUGUUGAGAUCUAAAGUCAUGCUGAGAUCUUAGUCACUGAAAUGCCGAGAAGCUGGAAUAAUCCGCGAUAAUUUCACAGGAGUGUUCUGGGGGCAUUACGCAACAGACGCAUAAUUAGCUCGCUUCUCGAUGAGACAAUCAAGGCGUUUCUUGGGCACAUCCUCCUCGUCAUUCUCCGAAAGCCAAACUGACCAUGAAACGAGAGCACAGCACGCCCCAAGGUGUUGGAGCAGGCGAAGUGACAAAUCGACGUCCCGUCCCAAGCCAAAAAGUCUAAACAUGAAAACACUGGCUGCCAACACCCUGGCCACAAAUGCCAGCGAACCACAGCCGUCAGCAGCACAACCACCGAAAACCAAGCCACCAUUAUUAGCCACGAUGAUCCGGGGCUGGGAUCGCGGUUCAGUGCUCUCGGCUCGGGCAGAAGCACAGCUCGGGUUGGAGUUCAGAUAAAUACGGAUCCAUCGGUUCCAACCACAUCAUUCGCGGUCUGUCGCCAGUUCGAGAAGCUUUGGCUCGUUGUGAUACAGUGUGAAAGGAUACCUCGGCUUCACCCCAAUUCGGAAAGGCACAACGCGUGCCAGGUGCUAAAUUUGUGAUCGAUUCGGUGGAUUCGGAGCCAGCUGACGAGGGAACACCAUGCGUGCUAUAAUGUUGAUAUCCUGUCUGGCGCUGCUCGUAUGUGUCCAGGCAGCGGUGACAGGACCCGAAGCUCGUUCCGGUGGGGACUCCAAGGAUCAGCAGCUGGCUACAGCGAGCGUUGGAAUCCUCGACUCCGUGCUCCGAGGCAAGAGCCGCCAGUCGCGAUGCGUGAGGUGCUACGAGGAUCGGGAUCGAGAUCGGUACUACAGUGGGUACUCCAGUCGGACGGGCGACGAUGCGCGCGGUAGUGCCUGGUACUACUCCGGCUACGAUGAUCGCAGCAGGGAUCGGGACUACGAUCGCUACUACGAUCGCUCCCGUUAUUACGAAGACCGCUAUACUCCGAGGACCUACGAUCGCUACGAGGGGCGUGGCUACGAUGACUAUAGAAGGGGUUCUGGCUAUGGAGGAUCCUACGAUCGGGAACGCGGAUAUGGAUACGACAACCGGGAUCGCUACUACAGUGGUGAUCGCUACAGCGAGGGGUCUUCUAGAGAUCGCUACUACGACCGCUCGAGGACGGGCGGAUAUGAUCGCUACGAUCCGUACGAUCGCUACUACUCCAGGUAUGAUUUUCGCAACUAUCGCCCUUGGGAUGAAACCUACAGGGGACAGUCCGGUUUCGAUAACUCCGGACGUGGCUACUACUUUGCCACCGACGAGGAUGAAAGCGAUAGGAGUCGAGGAAAUGGCUACUCUUACUCUAGACCCUCCUCCUCAAUGAGUUCGCCCUGUGGACGCAUCUCCGGAAAUUGUCCCUACGCCAGUGGCUUCAAGGUCACCUCACCUGCCAUUGGAAGCGACAGUUCGCGAGUGGGCGGCCACACAAAUGCCCUGGGCUCGGAAGGGGGUCCCGGCAGCUGGACUUAUUUGGGAGAUCAGGACAAGGCCGGAGGGAGCAGCAGUGGCAGCGGCGGAGGGAGCAGCAGCAGCAGUGCAAGUAGUAGCAGUAGCGGCUCAAGCGGCAGCGGCAGCGGCGGUAGUCGGGAACGGGAACGGGAACGGGACAGGGAGCGGGAUGCACAGAGCUCUUCCUAUGGUGGCCGACCACGUCCUCUAGGCGUAAGCUAUCUGCUCGAACGGGACGCGGAUACUCCGUCGGAUGGCCCAGGAAACACGGCGAAUGCUGCCGGAAAUGGUGGAAGUAAUGGUGGUGGUGCUGCGGGCCAGAGCAUGCCCAUCCCAGCUGCCCAGACAGCUGCCGAGGGAAGUUCCGGCGCAGCUGAGCAGUAACUGGACAAGGACGCAGAACCAUAGCCAAGUCCGAGUCCUGGGACGGAUGCACUGCAGCGACUGGGAGAGACACCCGCCCGGUGGGCGUGGCUGGGCUUUGUGUAUCCUACCGUCCGUAUUAAUGUGUAAUCGUAAGCUAAGUCUCCAAAGAAACUAUUUAUGUGUGGCACAGCUUUGCUCAAAUAAACCAUUUUCUAAGAUCCUCAAAA